AUGUCAGAACUGCCGGGAUUAAAAAGUAAAUCAAACAAUGAUGUUAUGGCCAACGUACCCCGAACAAGAGGGAGGAUUUUAUUGGAACUUGCUAAUGAGCUACAGGAAAAUAAAGAAGGUACGAAUAUCAAAAUUAUAAGUCAACAUCAAGAGCCCGAGACGGAAUAUUCUGCUGAUAGAAAAAAUAAUGUGUUGGAGUGGGUGAAGUCAAAUAAUUUUAACGUCUACAAAUGUGAUGAUCCCCAAAACAGUCAUUCUGAUAACAGCACUGACGAAGACGAAUAUAAUCCAUCUCACAUACCCAGUUCUUAUGUUUCCGAUUCCGAUAAUUUAGUUUCUGAUGUUAGUUCAGACAUUUUGACAAUUCAGGAACCAAUAGUCGUUAAUAGAAGAGAUACUGUUGCACUGGAUGAAUAUAUAGAAGAAAAUUCGAAUAAAAGGAACAAGAAAAGGACUGUUUGCAAAUUUUGUAAGAAUAAUGUAACAAAUUUUGAACGGCAUCUAGUUAGACAUCAUGCCGAUAAAAAAGAGGUAAAAGAUCUUUCAAAUUAUUCAACAAGGUCGAAGGAAGACAAAAACAUACGAAGAAAAAUUUUAUCUCUAUUGCGAUAUGAAACUCAAUUUGAGGAAUUCAUAAAGAAGGAGAAAAUAGAUUCUAAUCGAUUGCCCUGCGUUUAUUGUAAACGUAUAGUUGCUGUAAAUUACUUACGUCGCCAUUACAAAAUGUGUGCUACCAAAUCCAUAAAUGAAACUGGCCAUAAAAUUCAGCAUCGUGCUCAAUCUCAAACUCUAGUUGCUUGUGCUGAUCUUUCUAUAAAUACAGCUGCUACUUUAAGGCUUAAAAAUGAAGUAUUUGCAAAAAUGAAAGCAGAUCAAAUUUCAUUAGUUGCAAAAAGAGACCCAUUAAUUCGACAUUUUGGGGAAAACUACUUGAAGAAACAUAAGCGCGCUCAAAUUUCGGUCGCUUGCUCUAAUAAAAUGAGGGAAUGCUCUAGAUUAUUAAUUGAAAUGCGCCGACAUACCGAGAAGAAAAAUUUACCCUUUUUUGAGAUAUUAAACCCUAUGCUCUUUGAUACCGUUGUAGCAAGUGCAAGAAUAAUAAGCGGUUACAACGACGAAACUAAAAUCUAUAAAGCUCCAAGUUUAGCCAUGCAUUUGGGAACUACACUAAAGCAAAUAUGUGAUUUGUGUAGUCAUUUGUUAAUGAAAGAUCACCCCGAUAUUUUUUGUAACGAUAAAGACGCAAAACUAAAAGAAUUGAAGAGAUUUAAGUUGUUAGUGAAUAGUCAGUGGAGUUUUGAAAUAUCAUCAUUAGCUGUGAAAGAUCUUGCGGAAAAAAAGUGGAAUAAACCAGUUUUAUUACCUCUGACAAAAGAUAUAAUAAAAUUUAGAAAUCAAAUUGUAAACUGCGCAGAAACUAAUUUUGAACUCUUACAACAAGAUUGGACAAAUCAACAAGCUUUUAAGAAAGUAAUUGAUUCUGCAUUAUCACUAACUAUUCUGUUUAAUAGAAGGAAGAUAGGAGAUGUUCAAUAUGUAACUAUAGAUUCAUAUUUAAAAAAUUUCGCAUGUGUUGACCAAACAGAGUAUUUAGAGCAACUGACUGAAUCCGAGAAGCUUUUAUCAAAUACAUACAAGAGAGUUGUAGCUGGCGGAAAAGGUAGUCGACCCAUUAUUAUACUAUUUCCAAAAAAUGUACAAGCAUAUAUCGACUUAACACUGCAAAUUAGAAACAAAACCAACAUGCUAUCUAAGGAAAAUCCGUAUCUGUUUUCUUAUCCUAACUCUAAAUCUCAGUGGGUUAGAGCAGAUGUCGUCAUCAGACAAUUUGCGAAUGCAAGUGGCGCAGAAAAUCCUGUAGCACUGACGUCUAAUCGCUUACGUAAACAAAUAGCAACAGUAAUGCAACUAAUUAAUUUAUCGAAAGAAGAAUACGCUCAUUUUGCACAAUUUAUGGGACACACCGAAAAGACGCACAGGGAAUAUUACGAGUAA